AUGGAAGGUCGAUCGGCUGAAGAUUGUGUUGUGCUGCUAGAGGAACUAAUACAAAGUAACCGAAAACUCGCCGCAGAAAAUGAGAAGCUGCGGCGAGAACACGAGGCAGCUAGAAGAAAUCAAACACAAGUCCUGCAAGGGAUUGAGCAAAGGUUAAAUGAGCGAGAAGCUCCUGGCGAAAGACAUCGCUCCAGACGCAGGGCUGCCGCUCAUACAAUUGCCUUUCCUGUGGCAUGCAGGGUAAGUAUCAAAAAAAACGUGCUUUCGAAUGACGCAAAGACGAUUUGCUAUAAAAAAAUUACAUGAAAAUUAUACAUUACAAAACUGAAAUGACUGAAGUAGGUGGAGGGACAAGCCUACAAACUAGCUGCAUUGGACAUGCAGAAUGAGGCGUAAAAUUGGUUUGAAUGGUUUUGGCGCGCAAAUCCUGCAUAAAUUACUAUCGUUCGGUCAGAUACACAACACUCGUGACACUUUAGGCUGAAUAGGUCACUUUUAUUUCAUUUUACUUAUUUCUUUGUUUGAGAAAAAAACCUGCACGGUUUCAAUAGACAAGGAAGAAAUUUGUGUAACAAGAUUAAGGAAGAUUUCAUUUGUAUUUUCUACCUCGGCCGCCACAAAAAAUGUAUGCAUGUAAUAAAUUACUGUACCAUUACAUGGGCAUAUGAGGUGGUGACAAUAAGCGUGGAACGUCAUUUUUUUUUUUUUUGCAUUGCAGGAGUUAAUUUUUUGAAGCCCACUGUUUUUUGAGUGAGACAUAAAUGACAUCAAAACGAAACCAAAGCAGACAUCUGAAUUUUUAAUGCUAAAUUCUGGCUCCUGUCCCCGAGAGUCAUAACCUGGGAUGUCUUUUGACCAGCAUAUUAUUGUCAAACUGAGAAAGGGAUGUGAUUUCUUUCAUUUAUAGAGAACACUAAGGCAAAUAUACAAGGUCCUUUCUAAAAAGGAAGACUUUCACGGCUUCUACCUUGAUGAAGAGUAAGUAUAAUAAACAUCUAUCAAAUUUUAAUUUAACUACCAAACAGGUCUUAGCUUCACUUAAAAAACCAAGUAAGUUAUAAUUUGAAGAGAAAGUAAAUUACUGCACAUACAUCAAUGGUAAGCUACACCUGGAGGGAAUCUACGCAGAUUUGGAACAGGUCAAUUACAUGUAGUAUAAAAUAAAAACCAACUGAAAUAGUAAUGACAGGAGGAUUUAUUAGUACCUCAGGAUGUUUCUUUGGAAGCCACUACAGAACUUGGAAGGGUCAACAGUGAACACCUCCACCUCAUGAAUGACAAUAGCACCCAUUGUAUUAUGCCUACCAACCCAAUUUAGCUCUAGUUUAUUGUUCUCUGUUCAUUGGUGAUCAUUUUAGUUUAUUCUGUUUGAUUUGUCUGUGAUACUGUAAGGAGAAAUUUAAUGCUGGUCGCUGCUAGGGGUUAAAGGGUUAAAAAGAAUUUCCUUCAGAAGUUCAAAAUGCCAGUGUCAUUGAACAUUGAUGCCAAUAAUAUGUACCUGAUACCUGCCAAAGAGACAAUAUGUAUCAAAGAUCAAGAAAGUGACUUUGCUUUGGUGAUAUAUCUUUUUAGAGUAAGCUCUUACAACAACGCUACUAUCUUCCAAAGAGUAAUAGCCCAAGUGUUACACCAACAUGGAGGAGAGGAAAGGUGUCCAUAG